AUGGACACCCCCACUUAUUCCAGUUGUUAUUCCAGUCGUCAAGCUAAAGAAGAAACAAAUUUGAUGGAAUCUUCGGAAAACGACCCCGCGUUUGACCAAUUUUUGACUUGCAAGUGCAAUAGGGUACCACUUAAGCAGAUAUCGGAAAAACCUGAAAGUCGAGGGAAGGUUUUAUUGAGGUGCGAAAAUUGUGAUUAUCAGGAAUGGGAG